AUGACGCUGCCCAUGAUAAACACAACCUCACCCAACUUCCUGUCCUAUGCUGUGUCCACUUUCUGCAAGUCCAACGAAACUGUGUUUGAAGUCUCGCUCCAUACACUAAACCAGAUACUGAUGGAGCUGAUGCUGACAAAACCAGAUGAGAUGGCGACAAUGGCUGGGAUGGGGGUAUUAGUGUUCGAUCAGCUGCAAAAUCAGACCUCGCUGUGGGAAAGCCUUCUAGCUAUUCCCCAGCUCUUCUCUCCUGGUUCUGUUGACCAAGUGCUGGGCAGUGCAGAGUCUCUACUCACCAACAUACAGGGUGCAAUGCAUGUUAUCCAGAGCAAUUUCCCUGAAGCCGGUGCCUCAUUUCCUACGGCGCAUCCACUUAUUGUUGGAGGCAUUAAUCUGAUCCACUACAUUCAAAACUGGCCUGGCAAAGAUGUGUCCAUUUCCCUCGGAGAGGUCGUCAUACAGAAUAGCUCUCUAAGUGAAAUGAUGAAACGUGUUCUACAAGAGGUCAGGAUACCACUGGACAAGGCUAUUGGCCUAACAUUGGACCGAGACACAGUGCGUUUGUACUUGUGUGACAGUAGCAGUAGCCCGAUGUGGCUAACAGUAGCGUGCAGUACAGGCACUGUGGACAUGCUUCUAGGCUGGAUCAGCCCUAAGAAGGUGGCAAAGCAGGCUCUCCUGGAGUGGAGUAAAUAUGUUGCUCCACAUGAUAUAUCAUUUGCCAAGGGGCUGCUGCACAGUCUGAUGGGAGGUUUAUGCCCAGUAGGACAGGGAGGCCCCAACAUCACGAGAAAUCGGCGUAGCGUUGAUACACAACCUCAAAACAUCGAGGAGGAGCUAUUUUUGAGGGUCGGUCAAGUGGUGAUGGAAAUUAUAAAUCUUGUGCCUGAAGUGGAUAUGGUUGUUCAGAGCAUCCUUGGAACUGGCUUUCAGUCCAUGAAGUCAGCAACACUGAUCCUUGAUACUGUAGAAGAAAUGAUGACCAAUGUCCUGGAAGACGCUGAUCAGCUGCAACUGACUUAUCUAAUGUUGCUGACAAACCAGCCUGGCGGAAGCGUUUGGAUCGGUCACGUUCUUGACAGUUUGAUGGAAAACAUUGUGAAGGGUCUGGCAUCUGAGUCUUUAACAUGUGAGGAUCUCUUGGGUCCCUUUGGGUGGCUCUUAAACACAAAGAGCAUAAGUAUUGAGGUGUGGAGAUCAAUGAUCUGCCAGAACAGCUCCACUCUACAGCAAGCUCUACUGAUGGACUGGCUGCCAUUGAUUCAGAAGGCAGGAGAAAUGUACAGCAACCUCACAGGUCCAGCAGACUACAACGUAACACUUCCCAUGAUUCUCUCUGAGUGGCACAAGUUGUAUAAUAACAGUGUGCAGUUUGGAGUGCUUUUGGAGAGAGUGGCGACAGCGCUGGGCGGAGAAUACUGGAUGAACUGGAUGCCAGACAACAUCACUUACGAUGUUACUGGGACACUUCAACAAAGGUCUUAA